UCCACAGCGCAUGCGCAGUUCACUUCCCGUUUUGAAUCGUUAGGCGCGAGUCUAAUACGUUCGGAAAACAAACAGUGAGUUUUGGCACAUUGAAGGUCAAAAUGAAGACAUCUCGAGGGUCCGGAAGGGCCUCAACACAGGGCCCCAGAAGAGCCGCAGAGAGGAAGACAAAUGUAAGAUCUCAAAAGUCUAAGCCCAGUGCCGCAGACUCGCACCCUGGACAGUCUCAGAAGAACGGAGCCGUGGCCAGAAAUACCAAAAGUCAGCAAUCAUGGAAGCCGCUGACAAAAUCUUCUCUUCUGGCUCUUGAGAACAUGCUGGGUUUGUCUUUUCUAUCUGUUCUGACAUUGAAAAACAAAGAUAAAGAGGAAUCACAGAAGCAUCUCAACCUUCUCAAAAACCAGUUUCUGGCUCAGUGUGCACAGCUUUCUGUUCCUCCCAGAAAAUAUGGAGACAUCAUAAACGUUUCCUAUCAAUUCAAAGCCGAGAGCAAGAAGUCUGAGCAGAGCAAGAAGACGCUCGAGGCUCUAGAGGAAAACACGCGCUCGAUUGUUGGCACUCUCGAGGAGAUGGAAGUAAAGAUGGACCGUUUGGAAGAGAAAUGUCGGAUUUUGAGGAGCAGAAUAGAGGAGGAAGAGGAAAACGCUCAAGAGAUUCUUCAGCUACCAAAUCAGACGGUCCUGCGCCUUCCUGUUUUACCGCCUCGUCCAGCCAAUGAGCCGUCACUACAGGAGCACAUGAUGAAGAUGGUAGCCAAUCCCAGCGCACUGGUCAAAGCUCUUCAGACAGAUCUAGUCGUGGAGGAUGUGAGGACGUUCCUGACUCUUGCACACAAGCAGGUGGAUGCAGUGCAGACAAAUAGAAACACACUCCUGGACUAAUGU